CGCGCGCCCCCGAGGAUGGUGGCGGGCGCGUUCCCGCUGGCCAAGCUGCUGACGCUGGGCGCGCGCCAGCUCAGCCGCCCCCUGGCCGCGCGCAUCAAGGCGGGGGCGCGCGCGUCCCCCUUCUUCCGCACCUACAUCUGCCUGCCCCCCGCCCAGCUUUACCACUGGGUGGAAAUGCGAACCAAGAUGCGCCUGCUGGGCUUCCGGGGGGCGGCCGUGAAGCCGCUGAACGAGGAGGCGGCGGCCGAGCUGGGCGCCGAGCUGCUGGGGGAGGCCCUGGUCUUCGGGGUCGGGGGGCUCUGCCUCUACCUCGAGUACCUGCGCCAGGCGGGGCAGAGCCGGCGGCGCGAGGAGCACCUGGAGCAGACGCUCAGCGACCUCCGGCAGGGCCUGGAGCGCCUCCAGAGCGACCUGGAGCGGCUGCGGGCUCAGGGACACGCCCAGGGAGGGGCCGGACACGCCCCAGCCCAAGCUGUGAAUGUGGCCGCUGCUGGGGCUGGCCCCGCCCCGGCCGGCUCUGGACACGCCCCUGAGGGCUCAGGACACGCCCCUGUGGGGACGGGCCCCGCCCGUGUCGCGACAGGCCACGCCCCCACGCAUUAAAGCCGCGUUUCGUGA